UAGUCUACACAUUAUCAUAAGUUUUUUCGUUGUGUCAACAUCAACGUGAGUGUUUUCAUUGUGUAAUAUCGUGUCAUCCACAGUCGCUAGUUUCUUGUUUUUGUUUCGCUGUGUUUUGUGCAAAUCAAAAGUGUGUCAAUGGAUAAGCGCACAAUCGGAAAGACAAAGGACGGCGAAGCUGAAAGUUCCAGUGUUCUGAGACGUAAAAGACCGAACGCUGAUAAUAAUGUUCCAACAUCGGACAUUGCAAUAAAAAGAGCAAAACGCAUUCAAUCUGUGGAUGAGAGCUCAUCGCCAGACGAGAAUAUGAAGCCUAAUGCAAGCUUAAUGGAGGCUAAUGCAAGCUUAAUGGAGGCUAAUGCAAGCUUAAUGGAGGCUAAUGCAAGCUUAAUGGAGGCUAAUGCAAGCGUAAUGGAGCCUAAUACAAGCGUAAUGGAGCCUAAUGCAAGCUUAAUGGAGGCUAAUGCAAGCUUAAUGGAACUUCAUGCAAGCUUAAUUCAGAACGACGAUCCGAAAAUGAAAUCCAUUGGUGAUCUGCCAACGGAGAUGAUCCAAGCUAUUCUCGAAAAACUGCCCACACUGGAACUCUUCAAGUGUCGCCUAAUGAAUCACCAAUGGAACAAAAUCGCAUCCAAAAUAAUUCGUCAGCAGCGUACCGAUGUGGAGUUGGAAUUUCGUUUCAACAAAGGGAAUUUUGUGCAAACCAUCAAAUGUCGUAGAUGCGAAGUGCUGCUAGUGAAUCUCUGCAAAACGGCCUACAGAUACGGCACCAAGAAUCUGACUAAUCUUCUGGCUUGUAUAUCAGAAGAUUUCCCGUACGCAAAUUUCCGUUUCGACGAUCUGGAAGAGUUUGCGAAUGAGGACAUGCAAAAGUUCUUAUCCGUUUGGGGGAAAAAUAUUCGUGUGCUCAAUGUUAACAUGAGAGAUUCACCAAUAAGUGUCAGCCAUUUGCGAGAAUUGCUUUUCCACAAAGUAACAAAUUUGAAGAAGCUGGAGCUGACGUUUUGCAAAGAUGACAAUGUUUACACUCACAUGAAGAAAACACCGUCAUCCUUUCAAAUUGUUGAUGGUUCGGGCGAAUCGAAGCUCCCUCAUCUGGACGUUUUAUGUGUCAACAUUCGCUUCAACAAAUUCCAUUCAAUUGUCGCGAAUAUUCUUUCAGCUGCGAGCAAUCUAAAAGUAUUUGAGAUACUCAAAGAAUCUACGAGCAAUCCAUAUUUCGGAGCGGACUGUGUGCACGAAGAUCGAAUAGUCACUGUAGAUGAAAGCGUUAGCCCAGACGAUCUGGCAAUGCUUCAGUUGCACAAUAAGUUACAUUGCGUCAAAAAACUGGAAUUGUUUGUUUCCGAAGGCCUGAUUGCCUAUUGGGAAACGUCGGUGCAUACAAUGGACGACUUAAAGCUGGAGUCAUUGGCUUUUGCACUGUCACCAACGAUUUGGGAAAACGAACAAAUGAAACGCCGUGCGACAUCUGUAAUCAAUCAAUUGCUGCGCUCGAGUAAGGAUUCAUUGGUGACAUUAUCAAUUGAACCGGUGGGAUCGCUACCAGACCUGGUUAUUCCUAAAUUGGAAAAACUGAUGAAUCUCGACCUGUGUGGGUUUACACAGCGUGAAGACGUAAACGCUUCGAUGUUUCCAUCAUCGUUCGAAAUGGCUGAUAUGUUUCCAAAUGUAAAAGAGUUGGACAUGCACUUCCUGCGACAUGAUGAAUAUUUCCAUUCGCCGAAGCCUUUCAAAACGAUGGCAAGUCUUGAAGUUUUGCGAAUUUACGGCAGUAAAUUGGUUAAACGCAAGGAAAAACUGAUAAAGGCGACUCCGAAUGUGACCACUUUGCUGUUGGUGGAAGACGAAUUUCCCUGGACAGCGAACGUACGCCUUCCGGUCGAUUUCCAGAAAAUUACCACCAACCUUCCGAAACUGGAGUCUCUCGGUUUGCUAAUUUGCCGACCAUUGUACAGUGAUCUACUGUAUAAAUUAGAUGCAGUGAUAACCGGACUUCCUGAGAAAUUUUGCAAGGAAUUGUCAAAGAAGUUCCGUACCAAGAAUCAUUUGUCGCCAGACGAAAUUGCGAUGUAUGAGUCGCGACGAGAAAAGGCCUCGAUUCUCGAUUUGAAAGCAUUGAAGCAAUUGGAUGUGAGCUUUUUCUUCGACUUUGAUUGCUAUUGUGAUCAAGUCAGCAGCAAACGGAAAGUGGACGAAGCCGGAUAUACGCCUGACGACAAUUUCUAUGAAACUGGCUUCACCAAAGUAAGUGAAUUUCUGGCCUUUAAUCUGAUGCCAGACUUAAAAGUUCGCCAGCAUAAACGGAUGGAAUAAGGAUUUUCCUAUUUCUCUCCCUCUCAACCAAAGAGCGAAUUUUUCUUUUUUGUUUAGUUUUGAUGUUACAAGUCAUUGUAUAAAACAUCUUCUCAUGAGAAUCGAACCUGAAACUAAAUUUUCGGAAAUGCAAAUGCAUUUCAAUAUAGAAUUAAGUUCUCAUUAUAUUUCUACCCAUUUUGUAUUCAAUGAGUCAUCUUUAUUCGGCGAAUAAAGCUUAUACCACGA